AUGGAUCAAUCCAAGAGUGUUGUAGUGCCCAUGACAACACAAACAAAGUUGUCUACUGCUCAGAGUCCAAAUACAGCUGGAGAAAGAAAAGAGAUGGUAUCUAUACCAUAUUCAAGUGCAGUGGGGAGCAUCAUGUAUAUGAUGAUAUGUACUAGGCCGGAUUUGGCUUAUGCUAUUAGUAUAUUGAGCAGGUUCAUGGCUGAUCCAGGUAGGGCUCAUUGGGAAGCUCUGAAGCAAGUCUUGAGGUACAUAAAAGGUACUGCAGAUUGUGGAGUUAUGUUCAAGAGAAUAGAUAAGUAUGAAGGAAAUCCUCUACUUGGUUUUGUUGAUGCUGAUUUUGCAGCAAAUAUUGAUUCAAGAAGGUCGCAGACUGGAUAUAUUUUUACUUUGUAUGGAGCAGUUGUGUCAUGGAGGUCUCUGUUGCAACCUGUGGUUUCUUUAUCCACCACUAAGGCCGAAUAUUUGGCCAUGACAGAGGCAGUAAAAGAAGGAGUAUGGCUCAAAGGAAUGAUUGCUGAUUUUGGGAUUUCUCAUAAAUUUGUUACAAUUUUCUGUGAUAACCAAAGUGCUUUGCAUUUAGCAAAGCACCAAGUUUUCCAUGAGCGCUCAAAGCACAUUGAUGUGCGUUACCAUUUCGUUCGAGAUCUGGUCAACAAAGGCAUAAUACAGGUUUCAAAGGUUCCUACAGAAGAGAAUCCAGCUGACUGCCUUACAAAGCCAUUGCAGAGGAUUAAGUUCGAGCAUUGUCUCGAGCUUGUCAAUGUUGUCUGA